GAUAACAAAUAAAGACGCAAGAGUGUUCGAGAAUCUGCAGCAUUAUUCACUACAUAAGACGCAUCUAUAUAUUGACCCCAGACUUGCACCUUAAUCCUCAUAGAGAAGAGAACAAACAUCAAGUACUGAGAGGGAUCAGAGAACUAACCAUUGUCACCACUCUCCUUUUACCCCUUCUACAAGAAAAACAAGCUCUAACCAAAAGAUGAAGCAAAUCUAUCUUUCUAUGUUAGGUUUUUUCUUUAUAACUCUGUUCCUCGGAAAGAUCAAAACAACUGAAGGGUCCUUGCCAUCUGCAUUCGACACUCCGGGAAGUCUACUAGCUGAUCUCUGGCGAGAUCGGUUUCCUGAUCCUUUCAGAGUCUUGGAGCAAAUCCCAUUAGGUAUUGAGAGGGAUCAGAGCGUGGCUCUGUCUCCUGUACGAGUAGACUGGAAAGAAACACCAGAAGAGCAUGUGAUCAGGCUCGAUGUACCAGGAAUGAAGAAGGAUGAGGUGAAGAUAGAAGUGGAGGAGAAUCGAGUUGUGCGAGUAAGCGGUGAGAGGAAAAGAGAAGAGGAGAAAGAAGGAGAUCACUGGCAUAGAGUGGAGAGAUCACAUGGCAAGUUCUGGAGACAGUUUAGGAUGCCUGAUAAUGUGGAUUUGGACUCCGUCAAAGCCAAGCUUGAUAACGGAGUACUCACCAUUACCAUCAACAAGCUUUCCCCAGAAAAAGUUAAGGGUCCAAGAGUUGUUGACAUUGCGUUCCAAGGCGAUCAAACUGGCAAACUCAGUUCUGCUUAGUCACAGAAAGAGCUCUUGUUGAAUCUAGGAUCGUGUUUGAUGUCUGUAAAAUCUGUGUAAUUGAAAAAAAUUAUAUAACACGUCUUUACCUUA